GAUCUAACCUUCGAUCUUUUAAAAUUACUAGUUUCUUUUUACUUAUGGUGUAGCAUCUUUUUGUGAAAGGGCAUUCCAUUUUAUAAAUAAAUAAAUAAUUAUUUAUGAAAGGAAACAAUAAAUUAUUCAUUCAACAAAAUAUUCUUUGUUAAUUUUAUGCCAGAAAACACAUGAUAAUACUAUUGAAAGAUAACGAACGCGAACGAUCAACUGUAAAAACUUGUUUAUAAACUGAUGUCGCAAUCACAGUAGUUACGAGAUUCGCAUGCGUUGCUCGUCACUUCAGAUACUUUAAAAGGUAUAUAUAUUUUAAAUUCGAAUGACCUGGCUAGACGAAAUUCCGUUGGAAGAGAAAGAAGCAAUCGAGGAAUUAAGGAAACGAACUGUAAUGGAUUGUACGUCGAAAAUGCUGGAAGAUCCUAGCUUGUUUUAUCGAUUUUUAAAAGCACGAAAUUUCAACUUAAAGAAUGCAGAAGCAAUGCUUCGGAAACACAUUUUAUGGAGAAAAGAAUUUGGAAUAGACACUAUUCUAACAGAUUUCAAAGCACCAGAGGUCUUGCAAAAAUACUAUUCAUAUGGCUUCAUUGGAUAUGACAAAGAAGGAACUCCAGUCAACUAUGUAGGUUGCUUCAAAAUGGAUGCCAAAGGUCUCAUGAAAUCAAUAAGAAUAAUUGAUUUCCAUAAAGAAUGUAUAUUUGAGACAGAAAAAGACGUAGAAAGGAUGUUUGAACGAAGUAAGAAGACAGGAGAAAUAAUUUCUCAGAAGAAUAUUAUAUGUGACAUGGCUGAAAUUACCUUUUCAAAAGCCACCAACAAGAAAGCUCUGGAAACAGAAAUGGAAUGGUUUGGCAUUUUACAAGACAAUUAUCCAGAACAUAUAAAAAGAGUAUAUGUAAUCAACGCUCCCUCUUAUUUUUCAACUAUGUUCGCUAUUGUAAAGCUAGCUAUUACAUCUGGCCUCUUGAAAAAAAUUCAGAUUGUUGAAACAGAGAAAGUGAAGGAGACGUUACUGGAGACAAUAGAUGCCGAUAUCUUGCCUGCAUUUCUUGGCGGAAAUAGAACCGAUCCCGAUGGAAAUCCUCUCUGUAAGACAUUUAUAAGGCAUGGAGGGAACGUACCGAAAGAGUAUUACUUCUCCAAGAAAUCAAUUCAACAAGAAGAAGAUGUUGAAUAUCUUUAUGUAUCAAGGCGUUUGCAAGUUGAUGUUUUAGUUGAUGUUGAAGAUCCUGGCUCUGCAUUGAUGUGGGAAUUCGAAACAACAGACAAGGAUAUUAGUUUUGGAAUUUAUUUCAAAACGCUUGAAGGUGAAUUAGUUGAACUGGUUCAGAAAAAAAGGAUUGAAACUACCUGGGAACCGGAAACGGGAAUACAUGUCUGCGAAAAAUCUGGAUCAUAUGUUCUCGCUUUUGACAAUUCUUACAGCUGGUUUCUUUCAAAAGAGAUUUAUUACAGGACGAAAAUCAUCCCACCUACCACAGAAUGAGAAAAAAAAGCUUAAACUGCCUGAAGUUAAAAACCCUUCUACAAAUGUCACAAAAAAUGCCAACUGAAUGAACCAAUUUUGUUUACAUUAAUGUGAUACAUUUAAUUUUGAAACUUCUAUCAAAAAUGUAGAGAAUGUAUUAAGCAAUUUAGUUAAUAAAUUUUUUUUCAUAAAUUCUGCCUAUAGCAUCAUGCUUGUAGCUCAGAGUGUUGGCAGUC